CACACACACACACACACACACACACACACACACACACACGUGCUUACACACACGUGAUUGCCGGAUGGCAUGACGCCGAGGCGACGACAAGCGGCCGACUGCACCGUCGUCGUCGCCGCUCGUCUGCUCGCCUACAUCGCGGUGACAACGCUUGUCGGCCGUGCCGACGCCUGCCCGGACGGCUGCUACUGCAUCGUACGUCGCAACCAGCUUGUCGCCGACUGUUCGUCGGCCGGCUACGCCGACGUGCCGGAGACGCUGCCGGCGACGACGCUCGUGCUGCGCAUGGACAACAACUCGCUGUCGACGCUGGGCAGCCUCACGCUGCGCACGGUCGUGCCUAACCUGCAGGAGCUGUCGCUCAGCGGCAGCGGCCUGACGUCGCUGCACGCCGACGCGCUCGUCGGUCUGCGUAACCUCGCCGUGCUCGACGUCGCCAAUAACCGACUGUCGGCCGUGCCGACGGUGACGCUAGGCGGCGCUGCGCAGCUGCGUAAGCUCGAUCUUUCCGGAAAUCCGCUGCACGACAUUGGCGACGCAGCCUUCUCGGCGUUGUCGCAUCUUACUGAGCUGGAUCUGAGCGCGUGCAGGCUGGAGCACGUACACGACACGACGUUCGUCGGCCUGUCGGCGCUGCGCGUGCUCCGUCUGGCCGACAACCGGAUACGUCGGCUCGACGCGGUGUGCUUCCGGCCGCUGACGUCGCUCAUGCAGCUCGAGCUGAGCGGAAAUCCGCUGCACUGCGACUGCGUCAUGCGCGACACGUUCGCAUGGGUGCGUCGCCGCUGGAUCGGGCACGCUGCGUCGCCUGUCUGCGUCGCGCCCGACGCGCUGCGCGGCUCUUCGUGGGAGAACAUGACGGAGGCGCGAUUCGCCUGCCCGCCGACGAGCGUGCUGGAGCUGCGAGGCCCGCGCAGGCGCCACGUCGGCGAGUACACGUGCGUCGCCGCCAACGCCGCCGGCAGCGUCAACGCGUCGGUGCUCGUCGACGCGGGCGUCGGUGGCGCCGCCCCGCGGCGGCCUCGCGCCUUCGCUCUGCCCGCCGGCCUCGCGGCCGUCAUCAUCGUCUGUUCGUUUGGCGUCGUCGUUCUCUUCGUCGUCUGUGUCGUCGGCUACCUGUUCCGUCGCCGACGCACCCUGGUCACGAAGGGUCGGCGGCGACGACAGGCGAAGAACCGCGUUAAGGUCGAGCUGUACGCCGGCAGCGCCGCCGAGCGGCACACGAAAGACACGGACGCGAUCGUCAUCAUGCUGGACCGCGGCAGUCGCUCCUCAGCUUCCCCGCGCAGCUCGCUGGCGUCGUCACGGAGAAGCCCCGUGCUCGGCAGCGGUCACCAUGACUACGAGCAUAUCUUCCCGCCGCUGGGCGGACUGCGGGAGACGGAUCUCGACUCGCCGCGAACGCGCACGGCCGGAUAUCCGCCCGUCGCGCUUCCGCUGAACUGCACCGAGACGAAUCUGUAA